AUGGAGCAGGUGCGAAUGGUGAUUAUGAGGAGGAGGGUGUUCAUAAAACGUUUUUGGAUCUCUCUUUUGUUCUCUUUCUCUUUCUUUUCUUUUGCUUUAAAAGCUGUGCAAACCGCGGUGGAAACCGCCGGCUAUUCCGAUCGCGCGGACGUGACUUCGUUGAUUUUGGACGAAAAGUGCAUUUCCCAAGACAUCGAAGGCUUGGACGGUUUCGUGAAUUUGAAAACGUUGUCCCUGAUCAAGUGUGGGAUCGUCAACGUGGCCGAUUUACCGAACUUACCGGAGUUGAGGAAGCUUAAUUUGUCGCAAAACCGAAUAUCCACCGGGUUGAGUACCGUGGCGAAGAAGUGUCCGAAACUCGAGCAGCUCAUCGUUUGCGACAACCCGAAACUGACGAAAGUGGAAGAGUUCAAAGCGUUGACGGAUUUGAAACAUUUGCAAAGAAUUGACGCGGAAGGAUGUAACUUUGAGGACGAGGAGCACGUGUCGACGAUCUUUGCCAUGUUUCCAGAAGGUCAGAUGCAAAACGUGGACGGGUACAACGAGAAAGGCGAAGAGGUGUACUCGGACUCGGAGGACGAUUCAGAAGACGAAGAAGAUGAAGAAGAAGACCGAGACGACGAAGAGGACGAUUUAGACGAUUUGGACGAUGAUUUAGACGACGACGAAGAAGAAGAAGACGAUGGAGACGACGGAGAAGAUGACGACGAAAAACCAGCCUACGCGGCUUUAAUCGGCGACGCCAUCCUCUCCGACGACGACGAAGACGCCCGAUUGAGCGAAGAAGAAGACGAAGGCUCGGAAGACUUCGACGACGAAGAAGACGACUUCGACGACGAAGAUGAAGACGACUUACCCGCCGCGAAGAAAGUUAAGCAAUAG